ACCCACCCGGCCUGGAUUGCUCUGCUCCAGUUCUUGCUGCCAUCAGUGCCCCCAGACCCCCGGUGUCCCCAUGGCGUGCCCCCUGGAGCAGGCGCUGGCCGUGAUGGUCUCCACCUUCCACAAAUACUCGGGGAAGGAGGGGGACAAAUUCAAGCUGAGCAAAGCGGAGCUGAAGGAGCUGCUCACCAAGGAGCUCCCCAGCUUCAUCAGCAAACGCACAGACGAAGCCGGAUUCCAGAAGCUGAUGAGCAACCUGGACAGCAACAGGGACAGCGAGGUGGACUUCCACGAGUACGCCACGUUCCUGGCCUGCGUGGCUGUGAUGUGCAACGACUUCUUCCAGGAGUACCCCGACAAAAUGCCACGCAAGAAGUGAGCGCGGGGGUCUGCCGGGCUGCGCCACCCCCCGCUGCGAUCUGAGUGCUCUUCCAAUAAAGGUUGCUCCAAAGCCAGA